CUGGUUGAUCUCACAGCUGAGAUGAUGUUCACAUGCAUUUUCUUUUCUUGGAUCUGGGCAAUGGCAGCAGGCUCACUGCAGGUAGUUCAUAGGAAGGUCCAAUCAUCCAAGACUGGAGAAAAGGUUACUUUCCACUGCCAGCUUGUCAUGGAUCAUGAAGUGCUGCAAGUCACCUGGCAGAAGGAGAAUGGAGAAGGCAAAGGCAACAUAGCAACCUACAGCAGGAUUAAUGGCCACAGAAUCCUGGGUAACUAUAGCAGCCGUGUGAACUUCACCCAGAGCGAGCUGACGGUCUCUGCCAUUACUGUUCAUGCAGUCACUCUGCAGGACGAAGGCUGUUACAGAUGUAUUUUCAACACAUUUCCCAUGGGAUCCAUUACAGGCAGGACAUGCCUCAAGGUUUACGCAAUAUCGGAGCCCAGCCUGGAGGCCAAGCUUGUGUCCAGUCCAGAAAAUGGUGAGGAGAAGGUGCUGGAAAUAAGCUGCUCAGUAACAGGGAAACCAGCUCCAAUGAUCAGCUGGAACUUGUCCCAUCACCUUCAGGAGGAGCCAGGACAGUAUCUCAUCAAUCACUCAGACCAGACUGUGACUGUUAUCAGCAAUUUCACACACGUCCCCUCCAGAAUUCACUGGGAGAACCUAGCUGGCUGUGUGAUCCAACAUCCACUCCUAAACGUGACGCUGACUCUGUCCAAGGAUGGGCAGGUCCAGGGCCAAUCAGCAGCAGUCGACACUGUAACAAUCUACGUAUUGGUUGCUUUGAUUCCCUUGGGGCUCUUGUGCAUCUGCUUCUGUAUCUUGUUCAUCUGCUGGAAGCGACACCACCAAAUGGAUAGAAACAAAGCUGACCUAUGUUGGGUUCUUCCCAUAUGCACCAAGGACAUGAGGCAUGGACAGUGCACAAAAAAUGAUAAACAAGGCCCUGACAAGCUUCCUCCCUUAAAAGCCCUCUUGGACAGAUGAACACCUAGUGUUGGAAGAACUUUGCCUAACAAUGGUGAAAUGAAAACAGUGCUGGAUUUGGAUGUGUGAAACUGAUGUCUAGCUGUACUUGUAACAUCUCAGACUGCCGCAUGAAUCACAUUACGUGCAACUUGCCAUGUUUUAUACAAAAAAAAACAACCAAAACCCCACAAAAUAUUUUGUAACAUCUAUUUAUGUUUGAAUAAAUGAGCCAAUAAGGGUAGUUGUAUAUAGA